GCCGGAUCGCGGAAGGUUGGGAUCGAUCGGGAUUGGCCAGAGGGUCGCGGACGGCGGGGGACUGAGUUUUGUGAAAGAGUUCAGUUGCCUGGUGAUCAGGUAAAGCAGGGGUUCCACACUGCUGAUGCUGCCAGGUCUCAUCAGCAUGGAGGAGUCUGAGCUGUCGCCUCGCAUCGGCCCGCGCCGCCGCCAGAGGGCCAGCGGCCAGCGCGUCUGCGGCUGCGUCCAUGUGCGCACUGGCACCAUCAUGCUGGGAAUGUGGCAUCUGGUGAUGAACGUGCUGGCCCUGUCGGCGCUGGCCAUGGUCAUCUUCCACCCAGAGAUGUUGCAACAUGUGCAGCUGGAGCGCGCGCCGACGGCCAACCUGUCGGCGGAAGGGGCCGGCAGCGAGGCGGUGCUGCCGCCGCGCGUCAUGCCCAAGUACGGCCCCACGUACUCGGUGCUGGGCGGCCAGGUCUGGAACGUGGACGACCUCAACAUAGGCAUAAUGAUCACCUUUUGCACGUUCAUCAUCACGCUGCUGAUGGUGGUAGGCGCCAUCAAGGGACAGCCCUCCUACCUGAUGCCCUUCUUCUGUCUGCAAGUGUUCGACUUCUGCAUCUCCAGCCUGACCAUGAUCAGCUACUUCUCCUUCAUGCCGGACCUGCACGUGAUGCUGGUGCGCUCAUCGAGCCUGCCGUUCCGCGACCAGCUGCUGCGCCUGGACCAGCGCUGGCUCUCGCUCAUUCUGAUGGUGGCCUUCCUCGUCGCCAUGGUGAUCAAGGCGUACCUCAUCGCCAUGGUGUGGGCCUGCUACCGCUACCUGCUGAUGCGCCAGGCCGGCGGCGGCGGCGGCGGCGGCGGCGGCGCACCGGCCGAACCCGACCCGGCGGCCUCGCUGCCCGACUACGAGGUGGCGCUCUCCGACCCGCGCUUCUCCAAGGUCGACCUGGCCAACUAUCCGGCGCCGCCGCCCAGCUACGACGCCGCCACCAGCGAGGCGGGCGCGCGCGCCAAGUAGACGCCGCGCGCUGCCGCCCGGCCGCGGCAGGACGACGGGUGGGCUCUGUGACCCGGGAGGAGGGAAGGGUGGACACCGGGCCGGUCUGGGUCGAUGGAGGAGUGACGGGAGAUGAACGGGUGGACGUUCCGGGCCGGCUGGCGGCGGGCGGUGUAGCGGGGCACGCGGGACGCUCGGUCACUGAUCGGGCGGGCUGGUGUGUUACGGUAUCCUUGGGCGGCCGGGGGCCGGGCCGGUAGCGAGAACCGCGCGCCAAGCGGCGGCGGCCGGCGAUGUAGCGGGGCACGCGGGACGCUCGGUCACUGGUCGGGCGGGCUGGUGUGCUACGGUAUCCUCGGGCGGCCGCGGGGCUAGGACGGUGGCGAGAGCCGCGCACCGAGCGGCGGCGGCCGGCGGUCAACUUAACGGCGGGUCCGGCUGUGACGUCACGGACGCGUAUAUUUUCUCUGCCGUGGUCCUGGGGCCGCGCUGCACCGUCGCACGCGCCGCCGACUCACUCUCCGAUAGAUGUAAGGCACGCCGCCGGCCUCCGGCGUCCGCACGCGUCCCACAUUUUGUCCUGGCGUGGGACUGAACCCGUGGGGGGGCUGACCCUUAUGCCCCCCCCCCCCUUCCCCGCUGUCUGUCGCAGCGGGGGACGGCCCUUUGUUUCGGCGUGGACUGACCCUGCG